AUGGCCUGGACCGUCAGUUGCAACGAUCCGUCUCCGAUAAACAGGAUGCAUCUGCGGUUUGGAUCGAUCUCCUCAAGCGCAAACUGGGCCCCCACGGCAGAUGGCAGCGAGUACCCAAUGGAUCCCCACAACACCUGCGAAAUGGCUGUCACCUUGGAUGGGAAGUGGGUCUGGAUCACACCAAACGAGGAGGUACCUGUUUCGGUGACAAUAACGUCUCCGGAUUUGAGGAAGUACGAUAGCUUCUUCCACAGGUAG